UUGUCCUCAGAGUGAAGGUUUUGUUUUAAGCUCUUUGUACAGUAGCAUCUGAAUAGGUUGGUGUCAUCAUGGUGUCUUUGGACUGGUUUUUAUGUUUGACACUUGUGGGGUUCUUUUCCAUAACUGGUGCUGAUUAUGAAGUCUUUCAGACCCAGGAGGAAGCCGCCCAGAUCCUCCGAAGAACUAAGCGUGCGAACUUCAUGCUCGUCGAGGAGAUCCUAAAGGGCAACUUGGAAAGAGAGUGCCAUGAAGAACUCUGCACCUAUGAGGAAGCCAGAGAAGUUUUUGAAGACACAGACAAAACGAACAAAUUUUGGGCCGUUUACAAAGAUGGUGACCAGUGCAGUCCCAACCCCUGCCAGCACGGAGGGACGUGCACUGACCAGGUUGGAGGAUACGAGUGCAAAUGCAUGGAGCUUUACAGGGGGGCAAACUGUGAAACUGAUGUGUCACAGUGCACCAUCGAUGAGCCCCACAGCUGUGAGCAGUUUUGCCACCCUGAGUCCUAUAACACAUUUGUCUGUUCCUGCACCAGCGGAUACCAGCUGCAUUCAGAUGGGAGGUCUUGUAUCCCAAAAGUGAAAUUUCCUUGCGGGAAGGGGCAUCUCCUAGCCAUUCCUGAGGGCAGCGGAAAGGCCAGAUCUUCAGAAGCUGAGGCUCUGCUCUGUCCUCAGGGACAAUGCCCUUGGCAGGCAAUGCUCAUCAAUGAAGACAACCAAGUAUUUUGUAGUGGAGCUGUUCUGGGGCAGUACUGGGUGGUGACCACAGCAAGCUGCAUCCCAGCACUUCAGAGAUUUUACGUUUCUGUCGGAGGGCCGACCAAGGGUGGCGAGGGUCAGGGACGGAUGUUGAACGUGUCUCAAUUUGUGGCGCACGCGAGGUACUCGGCCGAGCACCCGGCCAACGAUUUAGCUCUCCUCCGCCUGGAAACGCCCCUCGAGUUCAGCCGACGCGUCUUCCCCAUUUGCCUCCCCGAGAAGGAUUUUGCGGAGAACGUGCUGAUGCUGGGCACGGGAGGCGUGAUUGGGGGGCCGAAGGCGGGGGACGCGGGGGGCAGGAACGCCAGCCUCUUGAACAGGCUCUCCUACCUUCCUCUGGAAUCCUGCCGGGAGAGGCAUAACUUCACCGUCACCAACAAGAUGUUCUGCAUGGAAGGGCCAGGGGAGGGCGGCUGUGACGUGAAACCCGGCUCCCCUGUGAUAACCUCUCACAAGGGCACCUCGUUCCUCACCGGCAUCCUCACCUCCCCGCCCAGCGGCUACGACUGCAGGCAGGGGUACGUCUUCAACAAGGUCUCCAGACACCUGUCAUGGAUUAACCAGCAUACAAGGACCUCCACCUAGCCAGCCCCGCGGCGCCGGGAAAGAACUGCUUUCACGCUCUCGCCUGACAGCCCUGUGCCGCGCAGCGCAGGGAAGCCACGUGCUGAAGAAAGAGCCCGGGAAAACCGUGAGCGCUGACUAAAUCGCUAGUGGAUGGCUUAGAAAGGGAUGGGAUCGAAUCGUUUUUCCCAUCGGCAUGUGUACAUCCGCGCAAACUUCCAAGUGAACAAAUCGACAAAAGGAAACCGACAUUGAUUUAUGACCAGCCUGUUGCGCGGGAUUUUACAGCAAUGUCUAACUUAUGGAAAGAGAAUAAGAUUCAAACUCAAUAUAUAUAUUUUUUUGGGGGUCAAACAAUAUUUGUUUUCUCCUUCUGUCAGGAGCCGGUAAUCAUGCUAUUCUUGGUAUAAACUAUGCUCACAUUUUACAGCCCCAUACAUUUAGCUACGGAAUACAACCGCAUAUUAAACGGUGCAUCAUUGA